GGCAGUGCUCCCUUCACAGCAACGCCCCCACGCGCACAGCGCGAGAGUUUCUACUACAAGAGUGGGGCGGUCUGGUGUUCAGAUGACAUGAACUUGGUAUGCUGUUUGUAUGCUUAGAGGAUCUGUUGAAUCCAUUAAUCCAUUUAGGCUCUAUAAAUGGAAUUCUUGUGAGGGGAAAAAGGAUGGAAAAGUCGGACGCAUGCGAUCCAUACAGCCGACCCGCGCGCAGGACACAAUGGAUAGUGAGCACUCUGGCGUAUCAUUACGGACUAGACCGUGGAGUGGAAAACGAAAUUAUAGUCCUCGCAACCGGGCUGGAUCAAUACCUCCAAGAGAUAUUUCAUCACCUAGACUGUCAGGGAGAUGGAAAAAUACCAGCCGAGGAUUUUAACAUUCUUUGCGAGAUUUUAGGACUCAAUAAAGAGUGUGAUCUAGAGGAAUGCGCGGGGAUAUUGGAUAAUCUACCCAAAGAGUUCAGCUUCAGGCAGUUUCACGCAAAACUCUGCGGUUAUUUCAGUACGAAAGCUGGGUGUCAUUAUGAGAAUGGGAGGUUGUUGGUUGGCAAGGAGAGCGAGCAUAUAGAGACGCAGAUCAGACUCCGGAGCCCUCUGAGGCGGCGCGAGAAGCUGCUGUCGUUGGGUACCAGUAAUAAGCGAGAAAGUGGAGAGCCUUCUUCUCCCACUGAGGAUAGACACACAUCAGGUUGUAGGCAGCUGGGAUCCUGCACCAGGGAGUGUUACGAGGAAAUUGUGGCCCUUGAAGAGGCCGAGGACAGGAUAGCCAAACUUGAGGAGGAAAAUGCGAGUCUCAGGGAAUUGGUGGAGGACAUGCGCGCGGCUCUUCAAAGCAGUGAUGCUCGAUCACUAGCCUUACAGGUGGGCCUGUGGAAAAGCCACUCGAAACAUAAACCAGAGGGUGGCUGUUUCAUCGCCCACCAAAGGCGAACAGCCCAGAAGCCCAACAUUUCUGGGAACCUGAAGGACAUCCAGAGUUUCCUGAGAGAAGUUGAGCUUAUCCGGAAUUCCCGUGACGUGCAGAUCGAGGAGGCCAUGUUCUUCAACCAGAAGCUGGAGCAAGAACUGCGAGUAUCACGCGAAACUGUGCUGAUGCUGGAGGAAUGUAACAGGACUCUAAAGAAGGAGCAGGUGGAGAUGAGGAAGAGGGUGGAGGAAGCCAGACAAGCUGUGCUGAGUGGCCUCAAGAAAGUGAAGGAGCUUGAGACCAAAGCCAGUCAUGUGCCUGUUCUGCAGAGGCACGUGGAGCAGCUAGAGAUGGAGCUUCUGUACUACAGAUCUGAAGUGUCUAAAACAUCCAUCCCAUUCAUCGGUAAACCGGACAGACGGUAUAAUGGGGCCAGUCAGACUGCGCCACGCUGUUGUCUAGACACAGAGCAGGAUCGGCGCUCACCGACGGGACGUGCAGAGACUGUGCCUGACACCAUGGAGGAGCAGCUUUUCCGUUCAGUGGAAGGUCAGGCGGCGUCUGAUGAAGAGGAAGAGAGAUGGACCGGAGAACAGCAGAGACAAGUAGAUGAGGUGAAGCGAAUCCUCACCAGACUGUCCUGCUGUGGAGACAGGUGUGAUGAGAAAGCAGUGAAGAAGCUAUUGUCUCAUUUCGGCGACUCUCGCACAGAGGAGAGUCAGACGGCUGUGCUAGAGCUGCUGGAGAGGGUCACGCGACUCAACAAACAACUAGAACUGAAGGAGAGUCAGGCCAGGAGGGUGGAGAUAGACACAGACCAGAUGAGGGACGCCCUGGUCCAGGAGCUACAGCAGAAGGCUGAGGAGACGGAGCUGCUCCACCUGGAGUUGCAGAUGCUGGAGACAGAGCGGGUGCGUUUGUCUCUGGUGGAGGAGAAACUGAUGGAUGUGCUACAGCUUCUGCAGCAGCUGCGAGAGCUGAAUGUCUCAAGAAGAUCUUUAGGAAAGAUUUUACUCAGCACAUUGGAGUCCUGCAGUGAUCCUCAGCAUGGGAAAGCACAUAUCUUGGAGGUGCUCAACGCUCUUUGUCAUGAGCUGGCUGCGUGUGAGAUCCUCUCUAAUGGCGAGACGAUACAGAGAGCAGAGAGUCACCAGUCUCUCACCAACUCUCUGCUCAUCUCCUGCUAGACAUUACUGCCACCUGAUGGCCACAGGGUGCUACAGACUCUUCUGAAAGGAACUUUAACUGGCCAUGAUGGAAAAUGGGACCAAAAUUAGCCAUGUAUUUUUCUUCAUGUGUUUAUAUUUCUGUGUAUAGUUGUGUAAAUCAUUUAGCUUGUUAUCAUUUAUAAUGAAACAUGAUGUGACACAUUUUGAAGCAUUUAAAGCUACUUUUCCUAGAUUUUCCUUUUGCAAUAUAUUUGUCAUAUAUUGUUGGUCAGUAUUAUCUUACAAUACAUGCACAUUAAUAUUCAGUGGUGUUCAUUACAGCUUCGUGUGUCAUGUGGUACACAGGUAUAGGAACACCUAGUUGAAAACCACUCAGGUAUAGACAGUGUUAGAUAAAGUUACUUUUAAAAGAAAUGCAUUACAAUAUUGCGUUACUCCCUAAAAAAACUAAUUGUGUUACUUAGUUACUUUUCAUGGAAAGUAAUGUGUUACUCUUCACUCUGAAACAAUAAAAAAAAAAAUUAAACAAAUGAGUUCAGGAUUUCUCUCAGCAUGCGGACAGGAGAGCUGUCGGACAAUAAAUGGGAAAUCAAAGUAACUUGUGUUACUUAUUUGAAAAAGUAACUCCGAU